UUCCAUUGCCCCAACCCCUACCAAUCUCAGGUCAACCGACUCUAUCCAACAAGACCCAGCCCCCUUCGCAAGGCCGAAGCUGACCCCCACCCCCACCCCCACCCCCACCAACCCCUCCUCCCUCCCUCCCUCAAUUAUUAUAAGUUGUUAGCAUUGUUAAUCACUUCAGAGUCGACCGAUCCAUCCGACCAUCAGCUGUAUUGUUCGGUGGAUGACAGCAGGGGAGAGGUGCGAUUCUGACUUUCUGAGGGGCGGCUGGAUUCCAAGAAACCAUCUUCUUGUGCUGCUAGCUAGGGGCGACGCAGUUUCUGUCAGGGAAUUGUAAACCGGUGGUCUCGAGGAACCCAAUCCCAUGGCCGGCAAGGAAAUCUACCACAAGAUGAAGGACAAGGUGAAAGAUGCUUUUAGUUCGUCAGGGCCAGAAACAGGGAAAGGCAAGACAAAAUUGUCAGGCAGGCGUGUCAAGCAUGGUUACCAUCUUGUCAAGGGGAAAUCAAAUCAUCCAAUGGAGGACUACUUGGUGGCGGAGUACAGGCAAGUUGGGGAGCAUGAUUUGGGUUUGUUUGCAAUAUUUGAUGGCCACCUGGGCCACACUGUUCCAGACUUUCUGCGUGCACAUCUCUUUGAUAACAUCUUGAGCGAGCCAGAAUUCUUGAGUGACACGAAAAAUGCUAUUAGAAAAGCAUAUCUACUUACCGAUGAGAAAAUAUUGGAAAAAGCAGCUGAGUUGGGAAGAGGAGGCUCCACGGCUGUUACCGCCAUCUUGAUAAGCAGUAACGAUAGUGUGAAGCUAGUGGUCGCAAAUAUUGGAGAUUCACGAGCAGUUAUUAGCAAGAAUGGUAAAGCAGAGCAGCUUUCAGUUGAUCAUGAGCCUAGCAUGGAGCGACAAAUUAUUGAGGAAAAAGGUGGAUUUGUUUCGAACCUACCAGGAGAUGUCCCACGAGUUGAUGGGCAGCUGGCUGUUGCAAGAGCAUUCGGAGACCGGAGCUUGAAAAAGCACCUCAGUUCUGAGCCACACGUGGCUGAGGAAGUCAUCGAUGAGAGUUCAGAUUUCCUAAUUCUAGCAAGUGAUGGCCUGUGGAAGGUGAUGACCAACCAAGAGGCUGUUGAUGAGAUCAAGGACAUCAGGGACGCACAGGCAGCUGCGAAACAUCUAACGGAGCAGGCGGUGAACAGGAAGAGCAAAGACGACAUCUCCUGCGUCGUCGUAAACUUCCACUGCUAGCAGAGCUUGAAGCUGCUAGCCUCUCAAGUGUACAAUUGCUUUUAUGUCAGAUUGGUUUUACGGUUCAGCUGUUGUUGGUCGGAUAUUGUGUUCAAUCUUUUCUUGUUGGGAAUAAUCCACCACCCAAGGGGAUCAAGGUUUUUUUAGAAUAUUGUUGUUUGUUCAAAGGCUAUAAUAAAAGUGUUUCUCUUUUUGUCA